ACAGCGAAGGGCUACGUCAUUAAAGCGCGCUCAUUUCAGCUGCAACACAAACAACGUGGCUGUGGAAGAUAUUUUGGUUUCAAGAAUAGAUUUAUGAGGUGGAUUUGAGGUGUGCAACAUGAAAGAUACACCUUUAUCAAAUUGCGAGCGACAGUUUCUUCUCAAGACGAUAGAGGAGAGAAAGCGACUGGACGGUAGAGAAACAUACGACUACAGAAACAUCAAGAUCACGUUUGGCGUUGACUAUGGUUUUUGCAUGGUUGAUCUCGGAAAAACAAAGGUCAUGUCACAGGUGUCAUGUGAACUAGCGACCCCGAAAGAAACUCGACCGUCUGAGGGGAUGCUCUUCACCACUGUGGAGCUGUCACCAAUGGCUUCACCUGCAUUUGAAGCUAACAAGCAGUCGGAGUUGUUGGUGAAAUUAAAUAGACAGCUGGAGCGUUGUUUACAAACUUCAAAGUGCUUUGACAUGGAGUCAUUGUGCAUCAUCUCGGGAGAAAAGGUGUGGAGGAUUAAUGUGGAUGUUCAUGUAUUGAAUCAUGACGGCAACAUUAUGGAUGCGGUAAGCGUAGCAGCAAUCACAUCCCUUUCCCACUUCAGACGGCCAGAGGUCAGCAUCCAGGGCCAAGAGUUCAUUGUGCACACAGCCGAAGAGAGAGACCUUGUUCCACUGAGCAUUUAUCAUAUGCCCAUCACUAUCAGCUUUGCCUUUUUUCAGCAAGGUUCCUAUCUGCUGGUAGAUCCCACUAAUAUUGAGGAGAAGUUGAUGGAGGGGCUGCUGGUUAUCGCCAUGAACAAGCACAGAGAGCUCUGCUUCAUUCAGUCAAGUGGAGGAAUCAUGCUGCUCAAGAAACAGGUGACGCGGUGCAGUGACAUUGCCAGUGUGAAGGUGUCUGAGAUUACAGAGCUCAUCCAGAAAGCCCUUGAAAAUGACAAGAGAGCCAGGAAAGAGGAUGGAAAGUUCGGCUUUGGAGAAUCGUUACCUAAAGAGCAUAUUGCUGCACAGAAGUUAAAAGAAGCUCCAGUUGAAAAAAUGGAUAUUCACGAAACAGCCUGUGAAAUAAUCAACAAGACAAAGAUCGCUCCCGACAUUCAAGGGGAUAAUUCCCCAGUGGUGCAUGGAGCGGGUCUUGGGACCAUUGGGGAAGGUGGCAACAACUCCUGGGGGCUCGAAGAGGAUGUUGAGGAAGAAGGAGAAAUGGAAGAAAAAACAGCCGACAAAAGAACAAAACAGAAAGGGGAUGUUGUAUCCGAUCCGAUUGUAAUAUCCGAUAGUGAAGAGGAAGAUGUCAUGGUGCUGACUUCAUAACUUUGAUGUGAGAGAAGCAUAUUCAGGUGGAAUAUCGGCUCCUACUGAUACUGGUGAUGACACCCUGCCCCAGCACAACGCAAUGACAACGGAAAACAAUUGGGGAAUCCCUCAGUGUCUGGCCCGUGUUUGCCCAUUGUAAAUGGAAGCACAUGAUACGUUUUUUGUUUUUGUGUGCGUGUGAAUGGAAAUGUUCAGUACUGUUGAAAAGUUUGGGGUCACUCUAAUGUUUCAAAUUAUUUGUUGCAAUUCAAGUUGUAGACCUCUAUUAAAUUGCUUGAAAACAAA